AUGGGUGCAGUCGUCUCUUGCUUUGAAUCAAUCUGCCAAACCAUCGGCUCCGUGCUGAUGGCCAUCGUCAACGGCAUCGGUGCUAUCUUCACCGCCAUCAUCAACGGCAUCGUCUCGCUCUUCGACAUCAUCAUCUCCUGCCUCACCUGCGGCCGCCGCACUCGAAGACACCGCACUGGUAACACACGCAGGCACCAUACAACAAGUACUAUCUGA